UGAGAAAGGGGACAGAUGUGGAUAUAAAAGGGUGUCUGAGAGCAUGUCUAAAAUGAUCUCAAUUACCCAUUGUUGUGGCUCAAUCUCCAACACCCUAUCACUAUACAAAUAUUUUGUAUUUCUCUCUCUAUACACACACACUCACUCACUCACUCACUCACUCAAUAAGUGCCAUAUCUCUCGAAACUCUUUUAGACAGAGUAUAGAACGACCCUUGGAGUAUGUCACUCCUCGCCUUUUCUCCAGAGAAACGCCACAUUGCCAUCGCUGAGGUGGUCAUCUUCUCGCUCAUCCAAAUCAUCCAAUGUACCACCCGGUUCAUGCAGGAGUGGAAAUACUGGCAUCAUAGCAAGCAGAAAUCUGUGCCUCGCUGUAUUUUCUACUCGUGGUAUGGCUUGGUCGGAUUAGUGGCGCAACUUCGAAUCGCUGGGUCCGCAAUGGUGCUCUCAGGCUCCAACGACAAGAAAGUAGUUAUGACAGAAGCAAUCCUGCACGGCAUUGGCCUUUCCCCGUUGUUGUUUGAAGUCAGCCUCGUUAUGCUGAGAAGUGGACAAACAGGUAGAACCGGCCCUAGAAAUUCGAGAUAUCCCAAGACCAUCCGAUUUUUACUUCAUCUCUUCCGAUUCCCUGUGUUCUUUGGCAUAGUCCUGAUCGUGGUGGGAGAGAGUGCCGCCGUCUAUGCAUGUAAAGUGGUUGGAUCUGUGCUGCUCGUGCUCAUCUUCGCGUUCGGGUGUGGUCUGUUUAGCUGGUUAGCUGCGGCCUAUCGCUCUGUUCUUCCCAGAGCUGGUCACCGCUGCGUUCUGUUGGUUCUAGCAGCGCUUCCUUUCUUUGUUGUUAGGAUCGCUUAUAUGUUGCUGGCGCAGUAUGGGCCGCGAAGGUUCGACCCUGCUAAUGGUGAUGGGGGUAUUAUGGUUGGGAUGGGACUAUUGAUGGAGAUUAUGAUUAUGAUUAUUUUGUUAUCGGCGCGUGCAAUGGCAGAACCGAUUCGGGGAGCAGUUCACAGUGACGUUGAAGAGGCUCGCGCAUAG